AUGCUAGGCUUUUCUCUGGCCAUCUCCCUGCUCUCAGCAACUUUAACUUCUGCUGCAACGAUAUGUAACGGUCAUGCGGAGCUUUGUGGGAAAAGCUUUGGGAAUGUGUCUUUUGUUGGGGCCCACAACUCUUAUGCCGUUGGCACAAACAAUCUCGCCGUCAACCAGGACUACGAUAUAACUCAGCAAUUAAAUGAUGGUGUGAGGAUGCUUCAGAUGCAGGCUCACAACCAGUCCGGAGUCAUCCAAUUGUGCCACACGAGCUGUUUUCUCUACAAUGGAGGCACCUUGGAAGACUAUCUGAAAAAAGUGAAAUCAUGGAUGGACGCCAACACACAGGAGGUGCUAUCUUUACUCAUAGUUAACAUCGACAACCUGCCAGCGGCUACCUUCGGCGCUGUUUUUGCUUCCGUUGGCUUAGACAAGCUGUCGUAUGCACCGACUUCAUCUCCAAUGACUGCCUCCUCCUGGCCGACACUUGGCUCUUUGAUCGACAGCGGGACACGUUUAAUUUCGUUCCUUGACAAUACCGCGAACCCCGCUGCUGUGCCGUAUCUGAUUGACGAGUUCACUAACAUCUGGGAAACUGCAUACGACGUUACUGACCCAACCUUCGACUGCAAUGUCAACCGCACCAAAGGCGACACCGCAACCCAGAUGUAUCUGAUCAACCACUUCUUGGACAAAAUCGUUCUUGGUAGUCCUGUUCCGGAUAUCGACAGAGCGAACGUGACCAACAGUGCCUCUGGGCCUGGUUCACUGGGCGCCCAGGUAGACACAUGUGUUGCGGCUAACGGACGUGCUCCGAACUUCAUGCUUGUCGAUUUCUACGAAUACGGCGGCGGUAGCGUCUUCCAAGUUGCGGCGCAGAUUAACGGCGUGACCUACAGCCCAACAUCGCCAAUCGCCACACCAAUUACUGGCUCUUCGUCGCCUCGAACCUCAACCACCGGGAAUGGCUCCUCUCCCUCUUUGAUUAAUACGUCACAGUUUGCUGCUUGUCUGCUGAUUGCUGUUGGGGUUGCGCUUGGAGCAUCCAGUGUGCUUUAG